CUACUUUGUAAGCCGCUGACAAAACCACAAGUUAAGCAUAACAUACAUCCCCAUUCUCAAAUCCAACAAUCAUAUACCAUAAUCACCACCACCUACCUCCCAUACUAACUGCCCAAUACAAUGACCCCAUAACCACAUCCCACCUCAAACCCCGCAUCACCCAUCCCACCAUGCCCCGCACCCCCGAAGCCGAAUCCUUCUUCCACGCCGUCUACGCCGCCAUCCAAGAGAUCCCCCCCGGCCGCGUAACAAGCUACGCCCACAUUGCAAAACUGAUCGGGACUCCCCAACGACCCCGCCAAGUAGGCGUAUGUCUCAAACACCUCCCUGAUGACCCAGCACAGCGGUUUAAUAGCCAGACUGUCCCCUGGCAACGGGUUAUAAGUGCCAAAGGCAUGAUCUCUCCACGCGGUCAUCCAUCAGGUGCCGCGAAUCAGGCGACAGUGUUGAGAGCGGAGGGAGUGACUGUUAGCACGGGGGCGUUGGGGGAGUACUUGGUUGAUUUUGGGGAGUUUGGGUGGUUUCCGAGGCAGUUGCCUUCGGAUGUGGAGGCUGGGGUGGAGUUGAGUAGUGAGGAGGAGGAUUGAGGAGGGUGUGUGUACUGUAUCCUGGGGGUAUGGAAAUCACGGAAUGAUGCAGCCAGUCAGUCAGGAUGGCCAAGGCAAUGACUACGUCCUGGAAAGCCAGUAACGCUGGCACAUAUCAUCACAUCACAUAAGACAGUAAUCUCAGCUUAUGUGGCAACUGGCAUUACUCAAAUGUGGAUUCUAGUGUUGGGGAUCCUCCACUUAUAUUGUCUGCCUUUGCCGGCUAGGAGAAUAUGUUAUAAGAGCUAAUGUAUUUGAAUCAAUCUGACCAUGUUCCGCAC